UGUUGCAGCGAAGACUGCUGCAAAAUCAUCCAAGCGAUCCGCGUCUCCCAAGAAUAAACCCAAUUAUUGCGUGCUCAUGAUUUGUGUGUAGAAUCGAAUGUCAUGUUUGGGUAUUAUGGACUGUGAAUUACAGGCGCAAAGACACAUUCCUAUUUGAUGCGGACAGUAUGAUACUCAGACGUGUCUAGAAUCUCAGGUUCUCCAGUGAUGGGCGCUCGAGUGUGUGACGUUUCACCGGGAGAUGAUCACAAUGUAUGAACACGGCGCGGCUUACGUUCAAGUCGUCGGCCGCGAACAGAUUCAAUAAUUACUGGCGACAUUGGGAGUUAUUUUUCUAACGGGAAAAAAAUGGUUUUUAGGUUCUGCAUUUUGCAACAUAGUACAUUUGUUCGUUCUCUCUCCUUACCGGUGAGCGCGCGGCCGCAUGGGCCUGGGAGAUGCGUGACGCGCCUGUACCGCGUCUCCUGGAUGGCAGAUAUUUGCAUAUAGGGCCUCCUGGUCGCCAGAAAGCAUGCAAUGAUGAUGCUAUAGAGGAGAGAUGGCAUCGCACGUGUGUGAUGUGACUACUCCCGUGCCAUGGAAAGUAUCAUCCUGAUGAGCACGGGUUCGAGGAUGUGCCACGGAGCCUCUCAGGGCCUCCGCACUUAUUGCGCACAUCUGCUGGUAGCUUCCUUGCUGGUGUCCAUGACGAUGUCAAGCUCACCUGUUGCAGGCGGUGUAGACUCAAACGGAACGACAGCAGCACGGUCAUCAUCGUCACCCUCUUCCAGAUGGCCAGGUGCCAGCCCACCCAAAGACACUGGUCACCCUGGUAACACUGACACUGCCUCAGUGGAUGAUGAAGCUCAGGGCAUACACCUCCUCAUGAGACCCCCGGACCUGCUGUCCCCCAGUCAGCCCCCUCCUCUUUCCCCCCACAGCCAGCCCACCCUCACCCCUCCUCCGCCCUGGGAGCACGCCCCCUCCCUAGAGGAGGCCUGGGGCUCCGGAGACUACCUGGAGACGCUCUCCUUCAUGGACCCAGAGGGGGAGGAACUGGCCCUGGCCACAACCUUACCCAGCCACACCUAUGACCCUGACGACGGGGCCUCCUACGACACCUCCUUCCCCUCUCGCCCAACACUCCCCCUGUCUUCCAGCCUCCUCCGACCCUUUACGUCCCUCACCUCCCCCCUCCAGGAGGGCUUCCCCUUCACCCACCCUGCUGAACCUGAGGGAUACCCUCCCUGGGAUGAAGAAGACUACGACCUGGGGGACAUGUUUCCUCUGGAGCCCACGGAGCUGCUGCUGCCGGAUAUGAACAGUAUGGAGUACUACACCAAUCUGCUGGCCAGAGAGAGAGAUGAGGAGAGGGAACGGGAGAGAGAGAGGGAAAGGGAGCGAGAGCGUGAGAGAGAGAGGGAAAGGGAGCAAGAGCGAGAGAGGGAAAUGGAGCGAAAACGGGAGAGAGAGAGGGAAAGGGAGCAAGAACGAGAGAAAGAGAGGGAAAAGGAGCAAGAACAGGAGAGGGAGAGGGAAAAGGAGCAAGAACAGGAGAGAGAGAGGGAAAGGGAGCAAGAACAGGAGAGAGAGAGGGAAAAGGAGCAAGAACAGGAGAGAGAGAGGGAAAGGGAGCAAGAACGAGAGAAAGAGAGGGAAAAGGAGCAAGAACAGGAGAGAGAGAGGGAAAAGGAACAAGAACAGGAGAGAGAGAGGGAAAAGGAGCGAGAACGGGAGAGAGAGAGGGAAAGGGGGAGGGAUAAAGAUUGGGAAAGAGACAGAGAUGGAGAAAUUGUCAUCCCACCCCCAAAGACCACUCCCAAACUCGGCAUCGCACCCACCGCUACCACAAAAACACACACCCACACACACACUCAUGCCCCGUCCCCCUCCCCUAGCACAGGGCCCCCUCCUGCCCGGGAUCACAAGCACACCCUUGUCCCCUCAGCGGGUCCCACCCCUCCCCUGACCCCCUCACCCACUCCCUGGGGUGGUCAGGGUACCCUCCCCCCUGGAGUUAGACCCACCUCCAGAGUACCCCCUCAGCCUCCUGUUCUGCGGCCCAGAGUCCCCCCAGCUACUCCUGGCAGACACCCUCCACUGCCCCCCUCGAACACCACCAGCCUGGCUCGCCCCCCCAUGCUGCGACCUCCAGGGAGGGACCCCAUAAAACCACCACCACCUGUGACCUAUGUCCCCGGCAACCGACCGACGACCACUACCAAGGCAACCACUGUUACCACGACAACCACUGGCACCCUGGCGACCGUCACCUGGACUCCCCCAGUCCAGGCCCCUCCAGGACGCCAGUACCUGUGUAAUGUCACCAAGCCUGACAUGUACCUGGUCAGAGUGGUCCUGCCUAAGUCUGCCUCCACUGUGGGCUUUGGCCAGGUCAGGGACAUCUUGAAGAGGGAGUUCAACUGCUCAGUGGAGCUACAGUUCCUGAGAACUCCGUCUAGCUUUGCGUUCCGUGCUGUGGCGGGACCUCUGAUCUUCACCGCCAUGUCUGUCAUCAACGCUCUGCGCCAGUCAACACCAGGCUCCUCCUCUUUACCCACGGUCUCACCCCUCUACAGCAUACCUGAUCACAAGUACCAGAUACACUCUGUGCUGCAGUUCGUGCCCAGUCACGUGGAUGUGCGUGUGUGUAACUUCAGUGAGCGAGUAGAGAGAGGAUUGCUGAUGGCCUACACAGAGACACGUCGACGCGCCAAUGAAUUUGGCAAUGUUACUGUACAGCUUCUGAACAUCACCAUGGGUCAGGCCAAGCCACAGGGUGACCAGAAGGUUCCUGUGGACAUCACGUUUGCGUUGCGUGAUGGACGGGGCUACCUGUUAGGGUCAGAGGUCAGCGGUCACCUGAGACACCUAAGCACGGUGGAGUUCAGCUUCUACCUGGGCUUCCCCGCGCUGCAGAUCGCUGAACCCUUCCACUACUCCGAGCUGAACGUUUCUCACCAUCUACGCUCCUCCUGGGUCCGCACAGUGUUACUGGGUGUCCAGGAGCAGACGGUGACUGAGCGGAGCUUCAAGGCUCGUCUGGAGCGCCGUCUGGCCCUGCUGCUGGAGGAGGGGCUGGGGGAGGGGCUGGGGGACGGGAGUCAACGGCGCCGCUGGAAGAGAUCCACGGCCGUGGGUAACAACAGCUUACAGGUGGUGCGUGUGUCGAGACUGGCAGGUUCAGGGCGUUCUCUGGAAGUGGUGUAUUUUGUGGAGGGACCAGGGGGCGAGAGAGUUCCUGCUGAUGCCACCGCUGCCACCCUCAACCGCCUGGAACUGCAACGGGCUGCCAUCGUACUGGGGCACCGCGUCCAGAGACCCCUUGCCCAGCCUGUGGAGACGCUGACAGUGCCCCCAUCUGAGACUCCGAGCAGCAGUGUUUGGCUGAUUGUGGGGGUGGUGGUGCCUGUCCUGCUGGCUAUCUUCAUCAUCAUCAUCCUCUACUGGAAACUGUGCGGCUCGGAGAAGCUGGAGUUCCAGCCUGAUGCCAUCAACACCAUCCAGCAGAGACAGAAGCUGCAGGCUCCCAGUGUGAAAGGGUUUGACUUCGCCAAGCUCCACCUGGGGCAGCACAGUAAGGAUGACAUCAUGGUGAUCCAGGAGCCUGGUGCCCUCCCUAUGCCCAUCAAAGAGGCCACCCCCUCUGAGGGAGGGGAUGUCAACACUCCCAAAUCCAAGGGCUCCUCCACCAAGGCUGCCCGCGCUAACCGCCGUAGGGGGAGACUGUCCCCGUCAGAUGGUGACUCGUUAGGUAGCGACCAGUCGAGUGGCAGAGAGUCUGCAGAGGAGACCACCAGACAUGUGGCCACGCCCCACGAGGGGAAACAGCACCGAAACAAAACACCCAAGAAUGGGAGGAAUAAGAUGAUCCCUCCCACAGGCAGUGGUCCAGAUGAGCUGCUCUCCUCUUCCUCCAUCUUCGACCACGUGGACCGUCUGUCCCGAGGCUCUUCUGACGGCAGGGGUCGCCAGGCCAACAAGGUCCAGUUGAUUGCCAUGCAGCCCCGGCCCAGCCCACCACAAUGCUCACACAGUCCCACCCUCACAGAGAGGGUCAGCGCAGAGGUGGCUCUGAGACAUAAGUCAGAGAUCGAGCACCACAGGAACAAGCUGCGUCAGCGGGCUAAGAGGCGGGGCCAGUGUGAGUUCCCCUCUAUGGAUGACAUCCUGGAUGCCUUCGGGCAGGCGCAGGAGGAGGCGGGGCAGGGAGGGUGUCCCCAGCGCCUCUACAGCUCAGCCCAUGACCACAUGGACAGCAUCCUGCACACCGACCCUCCCUCGCCCCCCACCCCAGGGGAAUCCAGGAAGAGGGGGAGGCGCUCUCCUCGGGGCCGGCGGAGGCAGCAGGGGAACGGCAGUCUGCCAGACACAGACAGACUGACGGACAGAGACCGCCUGCUCACAGACCACAGCGCCACCUACAGGAAAUACCCUGGACUCAACAAUGUGGCCUACACGUCGGACCCGGAUCUACCUCCAGACCACGGCAGCCCCUCCCCUAAUGAUGAGGUGUUUGACCACGCCCCUCCCCCGCCGCCCUACGUGCCCCCCCAGCCAUCCAUCGAGGAGGCGCGGCAACAGAUGCACUCCCUAUUGGACGAUGCCUUCGCCCUGGUGUCACCCUCCUCCCAGGGCAGCGUCAGUGUCGGGGUCACGCAGGUCAGCCCCGCCCUGCCGAGCCCCUCUCCCUCCCCACAGACACGCCCAUCACGCCAGUGGGGCUCUUACCCCGCAGCCCCCACACACAGCCCCUUCUCUGCGAGGUAUGCAGAGUUGGGGAUGUCUCCCUCGUCAGUACAAGGCCUGUUGCAGAGGCAGGGCAUGGGUUCGGGGGCCUAUGUUACUGCAGAGGAGCAGCUGCAAGAGUCUGUCUAUGCCAACAGGGGGCAGUAUGAAGAGCCUCCCUCCUCCUCCAGACCUCGGCCUGUUGGGGGGAGCACAGGUGCUCAGCUGCAUCACCUGACUCAGGUGGGGUUGUCGAGCCGGAUCAGUGCGUACCCUGGGGUGGGCCGCAGUGUCUCUGGGCCAACAGGCUCCAGCUGGAACCAGCAGCCUUUAGACCAGGACCUCUCCAGACCUGGAGCCAGCAGAGAGAGUGUGCUGUCGUUCCCUGAGUUCUCCUCCCCCGCUGUGUUUCAGAUGCCCAGCUCCUCUCUGGGAGACCAUUCUGUCCCCCCGAUGCUCCUGGCCCCUCCCACUCCAGAGUUCCCCCUAGACGAGUCCUCCCCCUCAGCCCAAAGCUCCGCCUCCCUCAUCAAGGCCAUCAGGGAGGAGCUACGACGACUCGCCCAGAAACAGGUUGCGGUGGCCAGCACCUACUCCUAGACCAGUGUGAGCCCCUACCCCAUAACUGGUCUGAACCAGUUUGAACUACUACCUAAACAAGUAUGGACCGAUCGGAACCACUACCCCAAACUAGUUUGAAACAGUCAGAACCACUUGCCCUAAACUGGUCUAAAGAGAUUUACACUGCUAUUCAUACGCUGGUCUGAACAAGACUCAGCCAGUCUGUAACAGAUACGAUUUCCUUACAACAAUAACAUCACUGUUCUUUAAAGGGUUCUUCUCUCUGUAAAGGUUCCUCAUUCUACAGCACAGUGUUUCCACUGGACGGGAGGAUCGAGUUUGUUUUCUUCAGAGUUCCAUAGAAGUGCUUCCUUGAGAGGGGCCGUCUCUGCCCUUCCUGACCUCCUGUAUGUGGUGCUAAACCUCAGCGUAAUGUCUCCUGUCAUUAAGUUAACCACGCAUUGCCUUCAACAUACAUUCAUCAGCCAUGUUGGUGAGGUCUUCUCCAUUCAUCAGCCAUAUUGGUGAGGUCUUGCACUGUAGAGAGAGUUGAAGACUUGGAGUAUAGUGUACUUUGCGCAUGGGGGAUUUGAAUAUAUAGAUGAAAAAAGUAUAUGAAAAUUAAAAUAUUAUAUGUGAAGAGAUGUAAAAAUCCCAAGUGAGCACAAUAUGAAUUAAUAAGAGUGACCAAUGGAGUAUUGAAAUUGUAUUUAUUUUUUAGUGCUCUGAAAGUAUACUUUUAAAUCCUUUAUUUUGACCAAAGACCAAUACUGUUUGGAUGUUCUAUGGCUGUUUUCUCCCUGUGUUGGCGCUCACUUUUGCCGUGGAGCUGAUCAUAACGUUGUUUAUCGCAGUGCAGACGUCGCUUAGCAUAGUUGCUCGCCGCUCGUGUUCAUGUGUUGCUGGUACAAAAAUGGAGAGCAAAAAAAAAAUGGAUUAUGCGUUGCAGACAUAUAACGUGUGUAUAUAUAGUGCUUUUCAGUAGGUGUCAAAAGACUUGACAUGGGGCUCACCUAUCCCAUCCACCACCAAUGUGACUUUCUGCGGCAGAACUCUCACAGAACAAAGGCAUUUCUGUGGUGACGAAUGACUGUGUCGAAUUGUGAUAGUGUUUCUCUUGGUGGGAGGAGCUGGAAAACCACUCAUGCUUGACAACCACAGAAAAUAGGCUACCUGUGAAAUUUAAGAUUGAAAUGGGAAUGAUUUUACACCACAAAUUUGGGGAAUUUUGAUAGGAUGGUUUAUAGCGACUGAAAAACACCUACAUGUCCAAUUUACCCCAAAUAGCUUCCUCUCAUCUCCUUUCCUUAGUCAACUAUUAUCCAAAUGGAUGUAAAGGUGAACCUCUCGAAGAGGUGAAUUUAGGAAACAAAGCCAUUUUGGACAAAUGGACAUACUACACUGUAGCAGUUGGUGGGUUUGGUGGUGGUUAAGUGCUCUUUGUCUCCAUCUGCUGGUGGUAUGGCUGCAUGGCUGGCUUCCAUCUUUGCUUCAGGUUGUUUUCUCUGAGGUCUUAUUGUAUUGGGUUUGGUCAAUGGUCAGUAAUGUGUGGGUUUGUGCAGGCAAGAGAAGGCUUGCCCAUCCAGCUCUGUGCUCUAGCUAUCUACAGCAUGUUGACUAUGUUUGAGGCUUGGCUAGCAAGCUAUUAGUGAUGUGACUGUUGCUGUUGUCUUCUCUCAGGCAUUCUGCUAAAAUCAGUACAAAAAAAUGUUUAAAACAGAAGUUAAACUGAAGAGUUGUAACACACAAGUAAAGAGUGAGGAGUGUUAUACAGUGCCAUCCGAACCUGAUCCAUCCAAGCACAUAAUACAUCAUGAUAAUCAAGCAGUAGAAAAGAUGCACUAUGUAAGUGUCAUUCUGUUAUACUCUUGUUUUGCCUUUUCUAAUCAUUUUUAAAGCCUAAAUGAAAAUUGAUAUAACAAUAAAUGCAGUAUAUAAAAUAAAUAUAAGCGUAAAAUAUGUCAAACUAUUUCAUCUGUUUUGCUCAAUUAUAUGGACAACCUUUCAACGGAAGGACUAACACACCUUCCCUGUGGACCAAUCCUGAUUCAUAACUCUUCAUCUGCUGGGACUUAUAAACCUUCCUGAUUGGACCUGGCACCUGUCAAUAAGGCUGUGGGACUAUACACAGAGUGGAGUCACAGAGAUGUGUGUGUGCGGACGACAAACCGAUUCACCUGGUGCUACUAAGUAACUUACAGUAACAGACCCUUCACUUCCUCUGUACAGGGGGUUGGAGUGUGUUGAUGUCUCCUCAGUCUAACAGCAUCUCACACACAGCCUAUACCGACAUGGGGAGCACAGACACACAAUGCCAACAUGGAAAACACACACACUCAGAAUUUGAUAUUCCUGUCUAAAAAGAUAGGAUUCACUUCAAACUCUGGACUUCAAACUCUGCAGCACCUCCUGAAUGUUUCAUAGUUCUGUGUUUUAUAGAUCUGUGAUUCUCUGAGACACCAGAGUGUCGGAGCAGGCUUGUUAUUGGCCCUAAUGCCCUGAGAUCAUACCCCUAUACUCUCUCUCUGUCCCCAGAGGGUAUGUGUUUUGUCUACUCUUGAGACUGGGGCGGGCCCAUCUAUAGGCCACACCCUGGGGCGUAUCUUCGACAGUGUAGUAGAUGUUCAGGUGUGUUAAAUGUCAGACAAGGGUGGGGUUCCUGCCCGACGAGAUUCACAGACGUUGCAUUGCAUCAACGACUGCUCAGUGGGGCAUCAAAUUUCUAUAUCACAUGUUGUGGUUAACUGACAUGUUAAUCACCUAUCCAGCUGUUGUGAGGUCUGGCAUGUGUCUGCAAUGUUGUCGUGCAGGAACACCACCAAUACCUGUUUUCCAGCUCUCUCGCCCUCCCACUCUUCAUACCCCUCGCUCUCUCCCCUCCUUUCCCUUCUCUCUCUCUAUCCCUCUCUUUCUCCUCUCUCCUCCCUCUGAGUUGCAUCCCUGUGGUGUAUAGAGUCUGAAUGAUGUGUAAAUCAAACAUUAAAGAAAUUAUGUGUUUAAAGUCA